AUUCAAAUAGGAGAGACCGCAAUUCCUCGUCGCACACGCUGCGUGACGUCAUGCGUUUGCCAUCUUCCCCAAAUCUCCACCGCCUCUUUUCUUCCUCUCCAUCAACCGCCGCCGCCACCUCCGCCUCCUCCACUAAUCUCGAUCUGGAUGCUAUUUUAGAAACCCUAUCAAGUUAUGCGAACGACUGGCAGCGGGCACUCGAUUUCUUCCACUGGUCUGCCCCGGCCGCUGCUGCGGGCGGCCUAUCGAACUCAGCCGCAGCCCUCGAACGCACCGUCGACAUUCUGGGUAAGCACUUCGAGUUUCCACUAGCUUGGUCCCUUAUCUCUUCCCAAUCCCGCAUCCUCUCCCCUCCCGACCUACUCCGCCCCUCCUUCCGUGUCCUCUUCAACCGCCUUGCUGCAGCCCAUCUUGUCAAUGAAGCUUUAGCCGCCCUCUAUCGCGCCGCAUCAGAAUAUGGCCUCCGGGAUCGGGACACCUUCCACCAACUCGUAGACGCUCUCUGCGACCAUCGCCAUGCAGUUGAGGCUGAAGAACUCUGCCUGCGUUCUAAGUCGCCGCCUUUUCCCCCCAACACCAAGACUUAUAACCUCCUGCUUCGGGGAUGGCUCAAGUUGGAGUGGUGGAGGAAGUGCCGAGAGUUCUGGGAGGAGAUGGAUCAGAAAGGUGUUGAGAAGGACCUGCAUUCUUACUCCAUCUACAUGGAUAUUUGCUACAAGUCUGGGAAGCCCUGGAAAACUGUCAAAGUAUACAAAGAGUUGAAGAAAAAAGGGUUUCCAUUGGACGUUGUUGUUUAUAAUACAGUAAUCCAGGCAAUUGGAGUGCCACAAGGUGCUGAUUUGGGCAUUAGAAUGUACAGGGAGAUGCUAGACUCUUCUUGCAAGCCCAACGUUGUGACGUUUAACAUAAUCAUAAAGUUAUUGUGUCGUGAGGGGAGGUUCAGGGAAGGAUAUGCAUUUGUUGAUCGGAUGAAUAAAGUGGGUUGUGCACCGAAUGCGGUUACAUACCACUGCUUUUUUCAGAAUAUGAGUCAGCCAAAGGAGAUUCUUGGGCUCUAUGAGAGGAUGUUAAGGAACGGCACCCGACCGAGGAUGGAUACUUAUGUGAUGCUGAUUAAAAAGUUUGGCAGGUGGGGGUUUCUCAGGCCUGUGUUCAUGAUUUGGGAGUCAAUGAAGGAGCAGGGUCAUAGCCCAAAUUCAUUUGCUUAUCAUGCACUGAUUGAUGCCUUGAUGGAGAGAGGGUUGGUUGACAUGGCUCGCAAGUACGAUGAGGAGAUGGUAGCUCUGGGAUUAUCACCAAAACCAAGAAAAUCUUUUAGGGCCGAAGGUACUGGGAAAAUGGGCAAUGACAACGAUGAUGACAUUUUACGUGACGUCUUUUGAGGACACAAACAAAAGGGUUCCUGGAAGAUGUUGCAUGCUAUACCGUUUUGUGACUGACCUGCCAUUUGACAUGAGUUGUGUUCCUUUAUGAUAUAUUGAAUGUUCCUUGGUUUUCCGAAAAUUCUGAGGUGUUUGCCGAGUAAACCCACUUGCACAUAGGAUAUAUUACUGGUUUCAGAAAGAGAAGGUGAUAAUUAGUGUGCCUCAUAAAGGGAUGCUAGCUGACAUCUCUUAUCGACCUACCUACCUCUAGAUUUACUCAAGGCAAAUAUCGGGAGUAUCAAUGUAAGUCGUCAGAGUGCUUCCAGACUGGCUGCACAACUAGACUUUGUUAAAGAUUGUUGCUUUUUCGCAGACUCAUCGUUCGUUUUAUCUGCUGCUUAGCUAUGUACGAGGUUUUUUUCAUCAUGUGGAUGCCAGUUUAAAAAGUUUGUUUUAUUAGUUCUAUCACCUAAGUACUUGUAAACCUUUUUGGAAUGAAUGAAAAUCCUAUUUUUCUAG